AUGUGUAUCCCACAACAACAACAACAGAACACAGUCGAUCUAGUAAGAGGAAUAGUCGGAAUAGUAUUAUCAUCACGUAUGGAACUAUACGAUCGUCCAUCUCUUCGUCCAGUCGCCAAUAACGGUGGUGAUCGUAUCAAUAAGAAAACACAAUCACUUUUAAAAGCUUGGGCUAAAAGUGUUCCAGGUGCAGAAAAAGUAGUGAUUGAGGAACUUGCCAGGGUGACCAUAUCAAAAGGUUAUAAAAAGAAAACUAGAGUUUCACCGAAGAAAAACGGAGGAGGAGGGAAUGGGUUGAAUUUGGGAGGAGAGUCUUCACCUAUGAUGAAUGAUGAAAAUCAAAUUUCUAGGACGAGGAAAAUGUUAGAAGAUAGUCCUUCGAAGAAAAGGAAAAAAGAGGAUGAGAAGGAAGAGGAAGAAGAGUUUGAGAUGAUGUUCAAAUUUGAAUGA